AUGGCCUGUUCAUCCCUUGAGGUCUUUCCCUUCAAAGACCAGGAGCUCCCAGCCCAACUUUUGUGCCAGCUGAACUGCCUCAGGCAUGAGCGAAUCUUCACAGACGUGCUCCUCUGCACCGAGGACCGGGAGAUCUCUUGCCACAGGAACGUUCUAGUAUCCAGCAGCCCAUACUUCCGUGCCAUGUUCUGCAGCACCUUCCGGGAAAGCAGCCAAGCCAGGGUGGACUUAAAGGGCAUUAGCUCUGAUAUCUUGGCGGGCAUUGUUGACUACAUCUACACUGGAACAAUCAAUAUAAGCAUGGAGAUAGUGCUGCCUCUGAUGCAAGCAGCUUCAAUGCUGCAGUACCCAAGACUCUUCGAGGCAUGCUCAGUCUUCUUGCAGGGGCAGCUAAACCCAGAAAACUGCUUGAGCAUGAUCCGCCUCUCAGAGAUUUUGCACUGUGACAGUCUGAGAGACAGAGCAAAAGAGAUGGCAGUGCGUUGUUUUUCAGAUGUGGCUGCCUCGGAGGACUUUUGCGAGCUCUCACUGCCUGAGCUUAUUUGCUACCUGGAGGAUGACAGACUUUGCGCAGAGGAAGAACAGGUAUUCGAAACGCUCUUAGCCUGGAUCCAUCAUGACCCAUUCUCCAGACGUGGUGCCAUUCAUGACUUAUUCAAAAAGGUGCGAUUGCGAUAUAUUCAUCCCACGUAUCUCUUUCAGUUCAUAGCCAACGACCCACUUGUUCAAUCCUCCACACUUUGCACUGAAAUCAUUGAGUCUGUGCGUCGACUUAUGUUCUCAGUUAGUGCCAAAUGCACACGUGAACUAAAGCCUCUCUGGACUACCCCUCGCCGCUACACCUGCAGAGAGACUUUAGUGGUCGUAGGGGGACGCAAGAACAAUGAGCAGACGUCUCGGGAGGCAUUGCUUUAUGAUGAGCGCACCCAUCGCUGGCAAUGGCUGGCCAAACUGCCUCUACGCUUGUACAAGGCGGCUUAUGUUUGCAUACACAGCAUUCUGUACGUAGUAGGAGGACUAAGUCUCAGUCUGGCUUCAGGAGACAGCGCAGUUAGUGCGACAGUUUACACUCUCUCAUUAAAGACCAACCAGUGGAGGACAGCUGAACCCAUGCUCGAGCCCCGGUAUGCCCAUCAGUGUGUGUCUUACUUGCAUUUUAUUUUUGCUUUGGGAGGCAUAGGGGCUGAUAAACAAAUCUCGAACACAGUAGAACGCUACAACAGCAUGUUUAAUCAGUGGGAGCCUAUGGCCCCAAUGCCGAAAGCAGCCCUUCACCCUGCGGUGACUGCCAAUGACCAGAGGAUCUACGUGUUUGGAGGGGAGGAUUCAAUGCAGAAUCCAGUGAGAUUAAUACAGGUUUAUCACAUCCCACGGAACCAGUGGUCUAGACUGGAGACCAGGACUGUGAAGAAUGUCUGUGCACCUGCUGCUCUAAUAGAAGACAAGAUUUACAUAAUUGGAGGGUACACAAGAAGGGUAAUAGCCUAUGACACCAAAGCCAACAAGUUUUUUAAAUGUGAGAACAUGAGGGAGAGGAGAAUGCACCACUCAGCUACUGUGAUCAACAACAAGCUCUAUGUAACAGGAGGACGAUUCCUGAACAGCCAUGACGCCAUCGAGGACUCGGACUGUUUCGAAUGCUAUGACCCCAAAACUGAUGUGUGGACUUCGAAAGGAACUUUACCAUACAAGCUGUUUGACCACGGCUCUCUGGCCCUGGUCUGUGUGUCCAACCGGCCCAAUCCACCAUGACUCAUGAGAUAGGACCGAAACGUU